UUUCACAUUUCGCAUCACGCGAGCCUAUCAUCUGUUAUUUUAAGGCUCCCUCACUGCGCCGUUUGCGACACCCGCCAUACACCACCGCCACACUUCGUCACCAGUCUGACCAGUUCAGCCUGACCAGUUUUAAACUGUCCGACGGAAAUUAUCUAUUUCGUAUGGGUGCGAGUAUUCACCCGAGCCCGGUUUCCAACACCACCUUCGGACCCACGACCCAAUUCAUCGAAGCAACGAGAAACACAAUGCGGCAGGGCGCGACUCUGCUGCAUCACCAAAAUUCUUCAAUCUGGAUUCGGUAGCGCUUCUCGCUUCGUCUUUUUACAGCACACCUUUGUCGUCUGCGCAUGAACGCGGACGUGAAUCUAGAAGGGAUAAGCACAUUCAUUCUGCCCUCUGGCCUUUGCGAUUCUACGAUUUGCGACAGAUAGUUACUGGCACCGUCCCCAUAUCGCCUCUACCUUUGUUUCCUUAUAAUAUGGCUUUUCGCGGCAAGCCGAUCAUCCCUGCCCCUCCUCGUGUGAUAUCACCGAGCCCUACACCCUCCGAGACCCAGGACGAGAUUUCGCAAAAUUCCUAUCUUGGUCCAGUCACACGUUCUGCAGCGAGGCGCCGACAGCUAGGCAGUGUUGCGCCCCAAUUACCUCUGCACGAAAACAUCGACGAGGAGUCAGAUCCGGAGCUCCGGAGGGCCCGGAGUAGAUCGAGAAGCCCAAUAAAAUCUCGCAACGUCGGUGCUCUUGCUUCCGCCAGGUCCGGUCGCGCCACCAAAUCGAAGCAAAAGGAUAAAGACGAGGCAAAGGUCAAGGAAGGGGAGACUGCAAAUGGUACUUCAAAUGGUCAUUUGGCGCCUCCCACUCCGGGAUAUGCACCCACCAUCGCGGGGUGGGACUGGCGUGAUUUCAGCCGUAGCCCCAGUCCGCUCGGCCUGAUUCCGAUACAUCGUCAUUUCAAGAUUUUUAUCCACAAGCACGAAGUACCGCGCAAGGUGCUGCAUGUGUCGAUCGGCUUUCUCGUGUACUGGCUCUACGUCAGCGGCACCCAGACCUCUUCGGUCACUCCCUUUUUGAUGGGAGCCUUGAUCCCUAUUGCGACUACGGACUAUUUACGUCAUAAGUAUGCUUCUCUAAAUCGCCUCUACGUGAAGUGCCUUGGCGCUUUGAUGCGCGAAUCCGAGUAUAACGGCUGGAAUGGAGUCGUCUUCUACUUACUUGGCGCCUGGACCGUCCUUUACUUCUUCCCUAAGGACGUCGCAGUAGUGGCCGUUAUGCUCUUGAGCUGGUGCGAUACGGCUGCUAGCACUUUUGGCCGAUUGUACGGAAGAUAUACGCCAAGAAUUCGACGGGGAAAGUCCCUAGCUGGAUCUCUGGCUGCAUUCAUCGUCGGUGUGGCUACGGCCGGUUGGUUUUGGGGCUGGCUGGCUCCGAAGACAGGCCCUUUCCCUGGAGAUGAACAUCACCCUUUUAUGUUCCAGGGCUUCUUGCGACUUCCGGAGUUCGCCUCGUCCGCGCUCGGACUUUCUGAGUUGCAAAGUGUCGUUGGUGGUCCUAUCGCUUUUGGGUUGUUGAGCUUAUGGUCGGGCUUCAUCGCGGCGGGAAGCGAGGUAAUCGAUCUCUUCGGCUGGGACGAUAAUCUCACAAUUCCCGUCCUCAGUGGCAUCGGAAUCUGGGGGUUUCUCAAAGUUUUCGGAUAGGCAUAAACUGGUCAGACAGUGUAGCCCUUUACAAGGCUUCGGGGAUAUUUGCAAGGCAUUCGGCGUUACGGAGGGGGGAUUGGUGCGGAAAGGCAUAUGAUCGAUUGGUCUUGGUAGGCAGGCUACUAGGUAUGACUAGACAAUGACGGUUACUUGCGAUUUCGAUGACAUAAACUCACUCCUCUCACGAUUGGAAAUUUUCUAGAAU